CAACUGUCCCAGACAGACAGGACGUCGCCUUCCACAAUAACAAAAUCAAAAUUUGACUUUGACGCUUUUACAACGGAUUUCUGAGAGACUUUUUUCCUGAAUAUGUAGCUACCUAUAGCUAACUAAUCACUCUUUAUAUAUCAAGUAAAAAGGCAGCCGCUAUGUUGCUACCGUCCGACGUCGCUCGGCUUGUUUUGGGUUACCUCCAACAAGAGGGACUGUCCUCCACAACCAUAGCUUUCAUCCAUGAGUGCCCAAAUCUGAAGGAGUAUGCAGAACACACCACUGAAGAUGGGACUAUUCCUGCUUGUGUUUUUGUAAGUUCUAUCUUUGGGAAAGGCCUGACAACCAUCUUAAAUGAGUAUGUGGCUGCCAAAACAAAAGAGUCUUGUCAUGAGGUACCUGCCAUGAUGACUUCCCUGUGGAAAAAGCUGGAUUUUACUCUCAACCAGAUCAAGUCAUUGCAGAAUUCCCCCGCUAUAUCAGCAUAUCAAAGAACACGUUCACGCAUUGGAAUGGCAAACAUGGCUAGACAGCGGGUCUUGGCCGUGGCUUCAGCUGGUGGCGUCGUCUGCUCAUCAGUUUCUGAAACGAGCUCGCUCAUCAGCCCAUCACACAUCUCCCACAACAUGCUCGGCCACUCCACUCCCGUGAGCUACACUGCCACGCACGCUCGCCCAGCUACCGGCAGCGGCACCCAGCAGCAGAUUCAUGAUGUCAGCCGAUUACUAAAUACACCCAGGGGUUCACCUAUACAGAUAAUUGUUUCAGAACCUCGGCUAAAUCCAGGCCCAAUGUCUCCUGCACGACGGAAAUGGGACACCCCCAGGAAGAGAGGUGGUGCUCAGAUUGGGUCCAGUAUCCCUGGCAGAUGUGCAAUGACUGUCAAUACCCCCAAUGCAGAACCCCAACCUGAAGAAGGCGUAGAUGAGAACUUUCCCCAGCUUGUGAUACAAAAUGCACGUGACAAGAUAUUGGGGGACAGAUCGCUACAAGAGAAGCUAGCUGAAAACAUCAACAAAAUCCUCGCCAAUGAACCAAUGCCCCAAGCACCUAAGGCCCCUUCAAGUACAGUGGAGGCAGACCAGUCUAUAGAUGAAAUCCUGGGAUUACAGGGGGAAAUCCACAUGAGUGACGAUGCCAUCCAUGACAUUUUGGAGCAGACUGAGUCCGACCCAGCUUUUCACGCCCUCUUUGAGCUCUUCGAUUACAAUAAAACCAGAUUAACUGAUGGUGAACCAGCGGAUGGAGAUAUUAGCAGUAGUCCAGAAGAGAGCGACGCUGCUGGACCUUCAUCUACAGUCGGACCCCUUCAGAGUGAUGAUCCAGGCACUACACACACCGAUGCUAACGCUUCGGAUACAACAGUGAAGAUGAGAGGUGGACAAGAGCGUAAAACCAGAAAGUCUACUGCUCCCAUCUUGUUAAAGAAAACAGCUCUUAACCCCGGCGGCAGAGCAUCCAGAAUUGAAAACAGUUCAGCCAAAUUGUUAGUGAGUCAUGGGGAUCACCAAGGCGUCUCAUCUGCUGCAGUGCUCUCAAACAGAAAAGAAAAUAACUGUGUUUUUGUAACGCCGAUGGACAUUGAUGAACCGUUGAAUACGCCUCCCCCUCCUUUUGACUGUAUGGCCACAAGGGACAGCCCCUCCAUCACAGCUGACCCCAGUGAAUCAACCAUUCUUCCCUCUGCUGCAUUUGCUGUGCUGACAUCUAAUGUUGACAGAAAACAGGAACAUAAACAAGCACAAGGAUCUGAAGUGCAACCUGCUCCCUCUGCUUUUUUGUUUCCUUUACAAGUUGAACUAAACAACACUCCAACGCCGACUGCUGACCUACCUCAUAUGUCACUUUCAAGCAGUGAAAGAGAUGCUCUACCGGGGUCGACUCUCUUAGUAACAUCUGUAUCUGCCUCUUGCACAUCUCCUUCUAGCAGUGCCACAGUUAUAACUGUACCUGCCACACCUUCACCAGAGUCCACAGCAGCACCUGGCUCACCCACAUCUGCUUCUACCUCUGCAACGCUUACAGCUACACCUGCCUCAUCCUCACCUGCCUCACCCGCAUCCUCCUCCUCUUGUGCGUCAGUUGUUGCAGCACCCGAUCCUCCGACCGUCAACCACACCACCCCAAGCAAGGCCGCAGCUGAUAACAGUGAUAUAGUUUCUUUGGAGAUCAUCAUCAGCGAUAACCAGGAUGAGAAUUCUUCCAGUAACACGGCUUUGAAUCCGUCAAUUUCUUGCAUUUCUGGAGAGAAGAUACCCACCAUCUAUCUUUCCUCUCCAGCUAAGCCCUCUGGAGUCCCUGGCACACCAAAGGCCAACUUGGAUGAGGCAGCACAGGCAGUUAGUGGCUUACAAAGCUCUGAGGCACAUGCUAGUCCUCUCCGCUGUAAGGCUGGGGCAGUAGUCACAUCCCCAUUAACAGGGACAUCACAGGCACAGCAAAACUACAUAAUUCAACUACCCCUGGACACCACUAACGCGGCCCUCCAAGGAGCCACUGCCAGCUAUAUCCUUGUGACUGAAUCCCCGAAUAAAGAUGCUCAAACCAGACAAUUGCUACUGUCUCCUGGUGUCUCAAAGGGACAAUCUUUGCCCACCAACCAGUUUGGGGUGACCACACCAACUCGCUCUCGAGGCUACUCCACCGGGCCAACACUCAUCUUACCAUCACCUGUUGUUAAGCCUGUGAUGCUCCCUGUUUCUGUUAUGGGGCCGAAUACUCUGGGGAAGGUCCAUAUGGUGUCCAAUCAGCUUGUUGCCAUAUCAAACCCAGUACCGGUACAGCAGGCAGAGCCCAAGUCUCCCACAAUGGCAACCAAACGGUCACCUGCUGGCACUGAGCAACACCUGGUUGGUAAAUUGGUUCAACCUGGAAACACAGGCCAGCAGGAUACAGCGAUGGGUCCUAGACAUAAGAGAAUUUUAUGUUUUGACCGUAAUGCAGAAGUUCAACCACAAACUGCUAAAACAACAAGAACCACCAAACCUCCAGCUCCAAAUACAUCACAAACUGUCCAGCAGACUGAGAAAGAUGACACACAGUCGGUGAUUCGAAAAACACCUACUAUCUUGGGUGCCAACAAGCCCAAGAGGAGGAUAGAGACUGUCAGAUGCUCAGCAGAUCCCCAGACUGGAGGUGGCUUCAUGAAGGAGGCAGAGAAGUCCACGCCUCCACAACAGCACCAGAAAAAUCUUCUUAAAAAGAGCUCUCAUAAACAAGAUCAUAGCACCAAUAAUCAAGAGUCUCACCGUGCAAGUACCAGCAGGGUUGAUGCCUCACAGCCUGAGACUUUGAAAAAGUCUGAAUCGGGAAGGAGAUCAAAAUCUAUUGACAGGAAACACAAUCAUGAUAAGGAUGGUGAUGGUGAUGGAGCAAAAGCUAAGGAUUUUCGUACUUCUAGGUCUUUGUCCUCUGAGUCUGCACUGAAAUCAGGAAGUAGAAAGGAGAAAGAGGAGAGCAGCAGGAAAGAACCUGCAGAAAAAGCUCCUGGCAAGUCACGUGAGGGGCGUACAGAAAAGAGGACUCCCACUCAGGAGAUGCCCAAUGUGACAGCGAACAAGGAGAAUGAAAUGAAGGGAAGCUUGCAAGAGUCAACACCUUCAUCCUCAGCUUUAAGAGACUUUAGCCCUCCAGCUGCCACCCAGCCUGCAUCUACUCCUCAGUCCAAGGCUACAAAAGCACCCUCGAAGACCAGCUCUCUGGCCAAGCAGGCAGCUGAGAUGCUGCAGGACAUCCAGGGGCUCAACUCUCCUCCCACCCCAGUCAAGAGGCCUGGAGCGGGCAGUUCAGACCACAGUCUUCCCCGGACCCCUGGGACUGGCCGUAACCAGGAGGAGUCCGUUGACCGUCCUAGGACUCCUUCGCGUCACAAGAAAGGUAAAGAUGGAGAGGGGACUCCCAAGCGUCUAAUACCUCCCAAUACCCCAGAUGUCCCCGGCUGCAGCCCAGCCAGUGAGGCUGGAAGCGAAAACAGUAUUAACAUGGCUGCUCACACACUCAUGAUUCUUUCACGUGCUGCCAUCGCCAGGACAGGCACUCCACUGAAGGACAGUUUGCGUCAGGAAGAAGUAGGAGAACAUUCGGCCACAAGCUCAAAGAACUCUAAGAAACGCAAACAGUCUUCUCCCACAGCCAGCCCGCGUGCAAAGAAAGAGGCAAAACAAUCUCCCAGCAAAAAGACAGACCGGGAAAGGAAGAAACUUGUAGAGUGCUUUCCCAGUGACUUGGAUGUGGAUAAGUUCCUGUCUUCACUUCACUAUGAUGAGUGAAACUAGACACACCAACAGGAAGGACUACCAUAUCACAACCUGCUUAGGUUACUAUCCAGGAAUAGAUCAAGCCAUCUGCUAAACCAGUGCCUAUGGUUCCUAUUAGUAACCUUGCCCGAGACCUUAUAAGCUGUAAUGUCUUCUUCAGCCAAUGAGGGACUUUGAUUUGGUUGAUGAGCUUCCAGUGUUGGUGAUCUGAAUAAAAGCCUGUUAGAUGCAGCAGAAGUAGGGCAACCAUGGCACUUUGUUGUAUUAUUUUUUUUUUUAUCCUCAUGCUCACUUCUGUUUAAAUUAUCAUUGUUUUGUACUACAACUGACACAUUUGUUGUGGGGCAUGUUGACAUAAUGGGUGCGUGUUGAUAAAAUGGUGACACAAAGCAUUUUUUCUUGGUCAAUAUUUGACUCUUAGUUUGAUAAAUCCAGCUAACACUGACAUGUUUGUAUGUAAAAAAAAUGUGUUUUGGAAUAGUAAUUUUUAGUAACACUGAAUGAAGAGCUCUCAUCCAUUUUAGUUUUUCAUGUUCAGAUUGAAGUCUGAUUGAAAAAUACUAAAGUAAUGUGAAGAUUAUAUUUUAUGAGAUACAUGUGUGUUUACAUAUAUAUUUUGUUCUUUAUUGUUGGUAGAAGACACACGAAAUGGCUGCAAUUGUUCAAAAUUGCGUACUCAGGCUUCAUUCAAUGUUGUAAUAAAACAAAGAAAUGGU